AUGAGCCUUGACAAAUCGAUUUACGGGAGCCCGGGCAGAUCCCAUGUCCAGUCUUUUCGCAGCUCCAACCAGUCAAUCCCCGAUGUCCAGCUUGCUCUGGCAGGUCUUUCGGGAGCAGAGGAAGAUCCGAGACGGGCAGUCAAAAACUUUCCGCACCGGGGCCAAGAUUCAGAGGAGGAAGAGAAGAGAUAUCAGUCCGAGCCUGAGAGGCGCCGGCGGAAGUCGACACGCCGGGAUGACGAUCGCAAGGGCCACCUGGAUGUGAUGCUGCGUGCGACUGAGCAAUUCCUGGCUCAAGGAGACAUCUCGAAAGCAGCCAAAGCCUUUGCAAUCGUCCUCCAGCUGCGGCCUCGGGCUCAGCCCAUCGACAUUCGGCUGCACAACCUUUGGUCAAUCGGGUCGGAGAUUCUCAUGCGGCAGAGAGAGCAGCUGCAAGGGAUUGACCAGCAGUACGCAGAGCCAUCAUCCUCACAGAGCGCAUUUGCUGGCGGCGGUAGCAGUGGGAAGCGAGUGGCUGCACCUUGCUGGGGCUCUUCUGCCAAUCUGAGCGAGAUCAAGUCCUACUACGAGAUCUUGAUCCGUCAGUUCGCAUACGAUCCAAAGCAGCCGAACAAGCCGUCGGCACUCGACUUUUGGCUGGCCUUGCUGAGCUGUGAGCUCAGCACCAUCUACGCGGAGCAUCUGAGAAGCAUUGCUCGAUUGGAGGCUGAUAUACGACUACAAAACGCGGACUCUGCGCCUCACGACACUGCCAUGCUAACGUCGCCAAGUACACUUGACUUUUUCGCUAGACGGCCCGGCUAUGAAGUUGGCGACUCUGGGCCGCAAUACGAGACAAAAGAAGACUGGGUAAGAUCCCGGAGAGAUGCCAUUUCUCAGCGCACUCUUACUGGUUUACGGGAUAUCAACCACAGAAUGGAGAAACUCAUGGAUCAGCCGCCUUAUUCUCAGAACGAGCACUUUUUGCGGCUCAGGGAGAUCACGACGCUUCUCUCGAGGGACCUCACCUCAUCAAGCUUGAGCAGCUCGAGGUUUUACAUGGCAACCUGA